UGCUUUGCUGGUAACGGUCGGCUCUCCGAGAUCACAACACGGUCUGUGUUCCAAGAUGGCGUCGGCGUCAUCGUUGCGUAUUUAUAGUGGAAUUCUCAAAGAACUGCGCUCCAUGCAAGGACACAAUUACAAACAGUCCCUGGCGUACGCGUUUGUCAAGGAGCAGUUUCGUAAAAAUAAGGUGACAGGAGAGAGGUACUGCCGCGCCCAGCAGGAGGCGCUGCACGCCUCGCAAACCUACCUGUGUCUACUGGCGUCCACCAGGAACCACCGGACCCUGCACGACCUUUACCACGGCAAGGGAGAGCGCAGCCUCCAGGAGGCGGCCGGCCUGGUGGGGCUCAGGUUGCCCACUCAGCCCGGAGGCAAAGGCUGGGAGAAGUGAGCCAUGGCGGGGGGGUAAAAAGGGACAAAAAAGGAUGCGUGUCUGUCAAGAAGGCAGUGGACUGGACCUGCUUAGCUGCGGGAAGAAAUACAGUAUGUUCAAUUGUUCCACUUCUCUAUUAAACUAUGAAUAAUG